CCCCACAGCGCGGAGUAGUGGAUCAGUCAUCGCGUCUGUACCAGAAGUGAAAGGAAGACAGAGGAGGAGCAGUGGUUAUGGUCCGAUUUCUUCAAUACGAGGCGUAUCUAGAAGUUUUUACAACGCUGCAAAGAUACACAGCUUAAUAUUAAAGUUUAGAGAUGUCACCAGAGGAAUUGGUUUACCUGGGGAUACUCACUGCCUCCAUUCCUGUUGGAUUUCUAUUUCGCUUUCUCAGUCCUCCGGUAAAACAGGGGGCAGCACUCCUCCUCGGCCUCUCUAUUACGAUUGCCACCUGUAAUGUUCACACACUCCACUCUCUGGUGACUGUGAUCGGGACAUGGGUCAUAGUCAGGAGCAGCUGGAGACAUGCUCCGGCUCUGAGUUUGGCCUGGACCUUCCUCUACCUCCUGUUCUUUCGGCUGGUCACAUGGUUCAACCUGCCCCCGCCCACACCGUACGCCAAUGCUGUUCAACUGCUCCUCACUCUCAAGAUGGUGAGUCUUGCCAAUGAAGUCAACAGUUUUCACACUGAGAAGAAAAAGGAUGUGAGCUCCUUUAACAAAUCAUCUGUGGUCGGGGGUUUGUCCCAUGAACCGUCGCUCUACGAUGUUCUGUCCUAUAGCUACUGUUAUGUAGGCAUAAUGACGGGUCCAUUCUUCCGGUUCCAAACAUUCAUGGACUGGUUGCAGCAGCCGGAGCCUCAGUCUCUGCCCGGGUCAGUGCCGUGUCUGCAGAGGCUGAAGUUUGUUCCCGUUUUUGGAGCUCUGUUUGUGGCUGUGAACUCUGUGUUUCCCCUGGCCUAUGUCCGCACGGAGGAGUUUCUCGAUCAAAACUUUUUCUUCAGGUUUUUCUACAUGAUCGUUGUCUUCUUUGUUUUCCGAAUGCGUUUCUAUGCUGCGUGGUGUGGGGCGGAGGCGAGUUGCAUCAGUGCAGGUCUCGGCUGUUACCCAGAAAAGGCCUUGUGCAAACCUGGAGGAGGCCCCACUGUGAACUACUGCCCCGAUCCCAGCGCUGAGGAAAAGUACGACUUCAAAACCAUCCAGAACAUCGACUGCUACAACACAGACUUCUGCGUCAAAGUGCGUCACGGGAUGCGCUACUGGAACAUGACAGUGCAGUGGUGGCUCCAUCACUACAUCUACCCCAACGCCCCCUUCAAGUCCUACACACUCAGGGCGGGCUGGACUAUGUUUAUCAGCGCGUAUUGGCACGGGCUCCAUGCCGGGUACUACCUCUCGUUCCUCACAAUCCCCCUGUGCAUUGCUGCGGAGUCGGCCAUGGAGGCGUCUGUGAGAUCCAAACUAGGUCCUCAAGGACAAAGCGUGUUCGACUGGAUCCACUGGUUUUUGAAGAUGAGGGCUUAUGACUAUAUGUGCAUGGGGUUUGUGCUGCUAAAGGCUGAAGACACAAUCAAUUACUGGAUUUCCAUAUAUUUCAUCAUGCAUGUUAUCGCAGUCUUGUGUAUUAUAGUGGGAAAACUCCUGAAAAGUGGUAAAAGGGAACCAAAAAGACAAGAGGAGGUUAAGAAAGAUGUUGUGACAGAUCAAACUGAGAAAACCAGUGAGAAAAAGGACUGAAUGAAUGUAACUGUUUAUUUUUAUUGGGAGAUGUGUAGAUAAUGGUCUUUUAGGAUUGUCAUUUCUGCUGAUGGUAAGAUUGAUAAGGUGUAAGACAGUUCUCAAACGCUUCCAUACUAAAAAACAUCCAGGAGCGUAACAAGGAUAUUUUUUUAUUAUUUGUCAGUCCUUAAAAGUUCUAUGUGAUGCUAAACUACAAUUUUAUUACGUUAAAAAGAUGCACUAUGUGACUUUUCUGCUUGUCUCCAUGGAGAAAUUAUUGCUUCGCUUGGAAACUUCCACUGUAUGGCAUUUAACUUAUCUUUACGAAGACAAGCAGGCGACACCACCAGGCCACGUUACAGGUCAGAUCUGUGGAAAGGCAACAAUGCGUCUUUCAAGGCAUUUCUUUACUUGUAAUUGAAUAAAUGCAAGAUGGUAAAGAAGUUUAAAGCCAUACUGUGGAAUAUUCUAGACAAGCAGAUAGCAGACCCCCACCAGAAAGUUAUGCAGUGCACCUUUUAAAAUCAAUCAUAUUAUUAUUAUUUCCCUGCACUGAGAAAUCUUCCUCUCCUGAGCUCAAAACUCCUGGUUGUACUUUAUAGGUGUAAGUCUAUGAAGUGCUCCUCUGCUACUGUUUUUAGCCUCAUUUGAGCUGCUUGGCCACUGUAUUAGUUUGCUGGCAAGCUAACCAUGGUAUUUUUCAUGCUCAGAAACUCGUAGGGAGAUAUUUUCUGAUACAGUGCAGUGUAUCUUAAGAUGUAAAGCAUACAAUUAGGAGACCAAAACUUGUUCAAAAAGUCCGAUUAAUGUGUAAUGUUUUCAAACACUCGUCAUGGGCAACUCUUCUGCCUGGACUCGUUUCUGUGUAGACUCUGUACACUUGACUGGGCGACAGGUAUAUCGGAGGAGAGGCACUUGAUUGAAAGGUUUUAAGAAGACUCCCGCAUACUCUCACUCUUGGCUCACUUUUAUUAGUACAGCUUUUCGUUCCCUCACACCUUCCUCAGGUAUUGAGAAAAAUCAGAGGGACUGAAACGCUGUAGUAAUAAAAGUGAACCAAGAGCCAGACGGUGUGCGGGAGCAUUCUUACAGCUCUUCCACCUGCACAAGAAUCAUGCACAAACAAGUUCAAUAUGGACGCCACUGACCUGUCGAGUAAUGUAACUGUGAUCUGUAUGAGCGAUGCACAUACUGUAUUUUUUAUAAUGUCAGAUUUCAGACGAUUACUGUGGUUUACCUGCUGCUGUGUGCCAUUUUCAAUACUCACUCACUGCCAGAACGUUUCAACUGCCAUCAAAGACCAGUCGGGCUUGGACCAAACUCUUUUAUAAAUAGGAUUUGUGAAAGAAAAGUGGGGCAAUUUUUAUGCGUAAUAUCAGGUAAAGGGCCCAUGUUACACUAUUGUCUGAUCCAUGCUAUAAUGCUGUUUCUUCAUCAAAAACAGACCUGGAGUUGUGUUUUGUUUCAUUCACACGUUUAACACACAAACCCUGCAUAUUUAGGUUCUUGAGUUGUUCUCCCAAACUGAAUACACUCUGUUCCACCUUGUGAUGUCAUGGGGUAAUACAGGAAGCGCUCCACUGUGUUUUUAAACUCCAUACACUUUCACUAGAAUCAUUUAGAUCAUUUCAGUCCUGUAAUUGCCGAUCUCUACUGAACUAAAGGUAAAAGGUAGCUCUUGUGAUGAAGCGGUACUAAUAAUAAAAUGCUGAAAUACAUGAAUGAAACAAAACACAACUCAAGGUAUAUUUCUGGAGGUAACAGUAUUAUAACAUGGCUUAAACCUCACAAGAGUCAACUGUGUGCAAUAUAGUACCUUUAAUUGUUCCCUAGGUAAAUUUGUCCUCUUAAUUUGACCCUUCAAUGCCGCUGGAAUCUAUCUGCAAAUCUUAAGCUAGGCCUCAUCAGGACCACCUAUUGUGCAUGUUUUGGGUUGAGUAAACUCACCCAGACACAGGGACAAACAAGCAAAUUACACACUUCUUUCUGUGAGACAAUAUUGCAAGCUACUCAGCCGCCUCUGGGCACAGUUAUAAUUAGAUUUGCGAUUUAUGUUUAAUGUUAUAAUGGGAUUCUCUUCAAAGUUCACAUUUUCAACACGUUCAUAAGAAUUGACAAAAAGACUGAAAUAUUAAGUGACAAACUAAUACAAGAAUCACAUUUCAAAACGUGUUUGUAUAGAUUUAAACCAGAGAGAUCGCAGUUUCUAUGCAGAAUAAGACCUGGUAUUUUGUUUGUGGAAAAAAAUGUCAGCCUUUGCGCUUUGAUCAUUGCACUAACGUAGAUUGUAAUUCCACUUCUAGGCCCUGGGUCAACUCAAACUCUUACCCGCUCCACCCCAAAGCCCCUGAUUAUAUAUUUAGCUAUAUCAUAUACAUUAGGGGUCCUUCUAUAACAACUAAAAUGUACAACUUGCUAAUCUGAACUCGCUCUGAUCUAGUGUCACAAAGAUGUAUUUCUGUAUCAUUCCUCCUUUGGAACAGAACACAUCUGUUUUCAAUGUUGUAACCGGGACGGUCACUGUGUUCAUUUUUGUAAGUUUGUUUAAACUUUACAUAACAUUGUUGUAUAUUGUAUGUAUAACUUUACAUAUAAGAUUCACAUUUUCACGUCUGUAUAAUGCUUUAAAUUAAACGUUUUUACAUAUUUGUC